AUGGUUAAUCCUGACGACGUCCGCAAUGUCGUCGGCAUCAUUGGCAACUUCAUCUCGUUCGGUCUGUUCCUGUCGCCGCUGCCGACGUUCCUGACGAUCAUCCGGAAGCGCGACGUGGAGGAGUUCGUGCCGGACCCAUACCUAGCGACGUUCCUCAACUGCGCGCUGUGGGUGUUCUACGGACUCCCCGUGGUGCACCCCAACAGCAUCCUGGUGGCCACCAUCAACGGCACGGGCCUCGCCAUCGAGGCCGCCUACCUCUCCAUCUUCUUCGCGUUCGCUCCCAGGCCGAAGCGCGCCAAGAUGCUGGGCGUCCUGGCCGUGGAGCUCGCCUUCAUCGCCGCCGUCGUCGCGGGCGUCGUCCUCGGCGCGCACACCCACGAGAAGCGGUCCCUCGUCGUCGGCUGCCUCUGCGUCUUCUUCGGCACGCUCAUGUACGCGUCCCCGCUCACCGUCAUGAAGAAGGUCAUCGUCACCCAGAGCGUCGAGUACAUGCCGUUCACGCUCUCGUUUGUUAGCUUCCUCAAUGGCAUCUGCUGGACCACAUACGCGCUCAUCAGAUUCGACAUCUUCAUCACGAUCCCGAACGGCAUGGGAACGCUGCUGGGCUUGGUGCAACUGAUCCUCUACUUCUGCUACUACGGGUCGACGCCCAAGAGCAGCGGAACGACGACGGGCAUGGAGCUGCCGGUGAAGGCCGGUGAUAGCGACAACAACUAG